UGCGAAUGUCUCGAUUCUUACCUUUUUGUUUGUUUGUUCUUUUAAUUACUGCCGCAUGGGACGGCGCUUACGUUUCAGUUAACCCUUUAUUUUGAAACGAUGGAACGUUGUUCUUAUGGUUUUUACACUAAAAGAUCUGAAAUCUUAGAUAAUAUUCAGAAGAAAAAGGAGCAAGAGAAAGAACAGCCUCAGGCUUCUGGGUUUCAGCAGCAGCCAUUAGCAAAACCAUCUGAAAAGCCAUUGCAUGCAGAUGGGCAGGGUGGGACUGUUCCAGUAAAUCAGCAUGUUGCUUCACAGCAACUUCUUUCACCUACACAUGGCACCAGCCAACAACUCGUGGCAAAGGAGGACACCAAAGACAAACCAAUAAAAGUAGCCAAUUCCACUACCAUAACAUUGAUAGAGAAUGGUAAUGUUAAUGCAGACAAAGACAAAGACAACAACUACCCAAAAAACUACUUCACAUUAGAGCCCAAGAAUGACAAGAAGGAUGAUGGAAAUAAAAACAGUAUUACUAUAACUCGAACUGUGCCAAAGCAGUCUCCUGGUAGUGCACAGGUUGACAAGUCCAAAGGUCCGCAGAAGCCAACAAAGAGACCCUUACAGUGUUUGGAGACUCUAGCAGAGAAGGCUGGAAUUACAUUUGAAGAUAAAUAUGAGGCAGCUAAUACACUAUUAGCACUGGAUAAGCAAAAUAACAGUUUUAGGAGGCCUGCGGAGCUGAAGCAGCCAAAAGCCGAGCCUGAAAGUAAUAAUCAGAGUGAAGAAUAUAGGUAUAGAAAUCAAAAGGAAGAGGAUGAUAAAUUGCAGAUUCAACAGCAAAUAAUCCAACAACAGCAACAACAACAGCAGCAGCAACAACAACAACAACAACAACAACAACAACAACAACAACAACAACAACAACAACAACAACAACAACAACAAUUGCAGCAGUUUCAGCAGCAACAAUUGCAACAGCUACAGCAGCAACAGCUGCAGCAAAUUCAGCAACAGCAGGCACUGCACAGACAGCACCAGCAGGCUGUCCAACAGCACAUUAAGAAUCAGCAGGAUCAACAGGAAUUGUUACAGAAGCAAUUCCAAACACAGCAGCAGCAGAAGCCAGAGUUCCAACAGGUCUCCCAGCAUCCUGAAUUACAGCACCAGAAGUUUUUACAGGUCGUGAAUAAUCAGCCUGUGCAUACACAGCAGUUCAAUGUCCCGGGGAUAGGCGAAAUAAACUUAAGUUUUCUGCCGACCCCACAGAACAACGUGAACUUGAUCUUCGACAAGAAUCAAAAGACCGGAAUGAGCGGCGAAAUAAAACCACAACAAAUAGUUGAGAAUCAACCUCAAGUGGUUCAGCAGCAGAUGAGCAUGGCGCAGCACGAGUCGCCGCAGCAGCAUCAUCAGACUGUUACCGUCGUGUCUUCCAUGCCAAGCAGUAUGGCGCAGCAUCAGGUACAACAGCAACAGGCCACGGCCAGUGGGAUUCAGCAGCAGGCUGGAGUGUCAACUAUGCCACCUUUGCAAAGUUUACCGCCGACGCAGCAGCACCCACAGCAAAUUAGUGCGGAGUGGGGCCAUAGUCGCGUGCAGGUGAUUCAGCAGCCGUUGCAGAACAGCACGUAUUUGCAGCAGUUGUACAACGCACAGGGCCCGUUGUUGAUGCCUGGCAACAUCGCGCUGCCUCCCGGCUUUAAUUCGCAGCAGAUACAGGUGAUCGCGGCAGGGAAGCCGUUCCAAGGCAACCAGUUAGCUCCACACAUGCUGACCGCGCAGGGCAAGCAAGUGCUUCAAGGACAAACUGUAAAUUUUGCAGGUCUCACUACAUAUCAGGAACAAGCGCCGUUCCCGGGGUACACGACAAUACCAGCGAUUCCAACCACGCAAAACCAAACCUUCGUAUUCAGCCCAUUGGGGGUGAUCAACUCACAGCCAAGUAUCCUCCCAGCGCAUUCGCAACCAACAGUGUCCGGUAUCGGACAGCAUCAUAAACCUGCUGAGAUGCAUAAAGUGAUGAGCGGAGGUAAGGUGGCGGGUGGCAAAGUGGGCAACGUGAGCGGCGCUGGAGGUUCACAAACGGUGCCGGUACAAACACAGUGCGUGCAGGUCUCGCAGCCCGUGCUCAGCGCGCAACAACCGGCCCAGGCGCAGAUCAUAAGCCCCUUGCAGACGGGUGGUCAGGCGAUGCAAUUCGCACCGUGGCAGAUCUCCGGCGCACUAUCACAGGUGUGGGCUGGCGGGCUGCAGACGGGCGGCUUGCCCACCGGUGGGCUUAUCGCGCCCAACCCCAUCCUCAUCCGCGGUACACAGCCUGACGCAUCGCCUUCCAUGUUCAUACAACAUUCUCCGCAGAACAACGUGCAACAUAACAAUGUGAGCGUGGCCUGUGCGACGGGCACGAUGGCGAAGCCGCGGGCGUCCACUGAGGGCAUGAGUAAGGCCCCGCGCCCUCUCUCCAACAUUCUGCCCUCGAGCAGUAUCCGCCCCGCCUCAUCUGUCUCCACGCAGACCGCGAAUCAAGCGCAGAAUCAGGCGAAGCACCGUGGCAAGCCUGGCGUGCGGUCUCCGGCGCCAGCUUCCAAGCAAGACGCCGCCAACCAGACCAACAAGAUGCAGCAUCAGAUGCAGCAGCCGAAACAUCAGCUGUUGGUGAUGACUUCGACGGGACAAAUGGCGCAAAUGAGCGUGGACAACAAGCAAGCGCUUAACAAGAGUUUACAACAACAGCAGGCCAUACUGCAGCAACAGGCGGCGGCUAUGCAGGCUCAGCAGGCGCAACAGCAGCAGCUCAUGCAUCAGCAACAGACUCAGCAGCUGGUACAACAUUAUCAACAUCAAGGAAUGGCGUUGGGUAUGCAACAAGGCACAUUGCCUGUCGGAUCAGUGGCGCAGACUCUUCCUAUAGCUGGGAUGCCACAGACCAUUUCUAUGUUGGGAGGCAUGGCCCAACCAGGCACGCUAGUCGGGCAAAUCAACACGUCGCAGCCCCCGCAAAGCGCCGCACUGACGUCUGUCCAGUCAUUGCAACAGCAACCACAGACACUAGUCGGUAGCGGCCUGGUCCAGACCACAGUAGGCAUGGGAGUGCAGCAGCAACCUUCGAUGACGCCCAACACUCAAAUGCAGACGCCGGCCCUCGGACUUGAGGGAGCUCAACUGCGGGCCGCGCCUCUCGUGCAGAUCGCACCGAAUAUUGCAAUAUACCCGGAGAUGCAGGGUACCAGCCUGCAGCAACAGCUGACGCUCCAGACGCCGGCUGGCACCGUUGGGCUGAUCGCGGCACCAGCGCAGGGCUCUAUAAUGCCGCUUCAGCCCCCCACCGCGCUGCUCACACGGGUUAAGCAAGAGGACGAAAAGGGCUCUCAAUUGCUCGCUCCAGCGCCUUCAUUGCCUCCAAUCGCCCCCCACCCGCCGCCAGCUCCCCACCUACCGCCCGCCCCGCCGCAGCCAGAUCCCACGCCCGAGACGACGACGUCCACGUCGACGGAGUCCACACCCAUGGCACCUGCGUUCAGCUCCGCUUCAGACCCCAUCACCAUCAACACAGUUACUACAUCAGACGCUGCCGUCUCUACUAGCACUUCUACUGCAGAAGCAACAAAAAUGAGUAGUUCGAAGCAAGACAGCGCCGUGACGUCGACGCCGGCGGUCAGCGAGCUAGCGACGCCGGCGGUAUCCGUCGCGUCGAGCGCUACGUCGUCUGUCGCCAGCAGCUCACAACAAACGACGCCCGUUGCUCCGCAGGUGAUUACGACUACGGCAUCAUCGACGUCGGCGGCGACGAUAACUGCGGCGAUCACAGCACCGGUAACGUCGGGUGCGCCCGCGCCCGUGCCGCCGCUCUUUAAGAAUUCCCCGGUGCCCACGCGCCACAUGCCCUCAACUGCGCAUGAUAAAGGCUUGCCGAAGGCGAUGGUAAAGCCUAACAUCUUAACACACGUGAUCGAAGGUUACGUCAUUCAAGAGGCUGGGGAACCAUUUGCAGUAAGUCUAGGCGUAAAUCGUUCGCUGCGCGACUGGUCACAAGCUGACAAAGAUCAGGACAAGGAAAAUAAAAUGCCUACUGAUGAACCGCCCAGAAAGAAACAAAUGUUGGAGGGCGGUUCGGGCUUAGCACGUAUCAGUUCGAGUGACUCGACUACCCCAACGCGGUCGUCGCCGCGAUCGCCGCGCUCGAGUGAGAGCGGCUCGCACUCCGGCGCCUCGGAACGUCGCUCAAAGCGAGACACUGAAAGGCAGGAGGCGGCAACGGCGACAGCCAGUGAUAACGCUGCUGCUGCAGUCAGCGCCGAUGGCAAUUCGGCGUCUGCCAAAAUUCCUAACGCUAAUAAAUGGACGGUGGCAGAAGUAUGCGACUUCAUACGCAGCAUUCCCGGGUGCGCAAGCUACGCCGACGAGUUCCUCAUGCAGGAGGUGGACGGCGAGGCAUUGUUGUUGAUCAAACCGGAACAUCUUGUGAUGGCGCUCUCGAUGAAGUUAGGACCUGCACUCAAGAUUGUCGCCUGUAUUGACUCUCUGCGUCCGGAGAGCGAACAAACUACGAGUGAGCAAGACUGAGAGUUAUUAUCAUUUCCGUUCUGCCGUGGGCGGAAAAAAAUAAAAAAAAAAGUUCGAUUUGGUUCCACAUCUGUCCACAAGUAUUAAAUGACUAUAAAAACUUUACAUAAGGAUUAUAAACAAGGGAGAGAGAGACCUACAAUGUUGAGCUAAUAGCAUUUGUGAUGGUAGGGGUUGUCAAAGUACUGUAUUUUGUUUAUUAAUACUUUGUAGGUUAUGUGCACGGAAUGAUGAAUUUGACUUUUAUUUAUUUAAUCUGAUUGUAGUAUUAUGCCGUACUUGUAAAUAUGUAUGUAUAGUUUUAUGAUUAUUUGGUUUGAUUAAUUUAUAGAAGAUUGUACUUUAUGAUUAGUUCUUUAUGUUCGCAAUGACUGAAAUGAUUUGUUAAUUUUAUAUUCAAUAUUACUGAUUGUUCACUGCAUAUUCAAUAACCACAUAUCCAUUUUACUUGUAU